CAUUGACGUGAUGGGUUAUGAAGAUGGAGGGAUCCAUCUGGAGUGCAGGUCCACUGGCUGGUACCCCCAACCCCAAAUACAGUGGAGCAACGACAAGGGAGAGAACAUCUCGGCUGUGGAAGCACCUGUGGUUGCAGAUGGAGUGGGCCGGCAUGCAGCAGAACAUCUGUGAUCAUGAGAGGCAGCUCUGGGGACAGAGUUUCCUGUACCAUCAGAAGUUCCCUCCUCGGCCUGGAAAAGACAGCCAGCAUUUCCAUCUCAGGCCCCUUCUUCAGGAGCGCCCAGAGCUGGAUCGCCGCCCUGGCAGGGAUCCUGCCUGUCUUGCUGCUGCUUCUUCCUGUGGCAACAGCAGGAGGGAAAAAAGACUGUUCAGAAAGAAAAAGAGAGAGCAAGAGUUGAGAGAAAUGGCAUGGAGCACAAUGAAGCAAGAACAGAGCACAAGAGUGAAGCUCCUGGAGGAACUCAGCUGGAGAAGUAUCCAGUACGCGUCUCAAUCUGGGAAACUGAGGGAGAAGUCCAUUUUGGAGGCCAGGGAAGGAGCCAGCAUAGAAUCCACGGUCACUUUUGGACAUGUUCAGGUUGAGGAGCUUACUAGAGAUCCCCGUGGAGAUGCAGAGUAG